UGUAUAUGCUCCUCUCCCGUCAGUUAGCCGCUGUUUGAAUGUGAUGAGAUGCCGUCUUAACCCACAUCGAAGAAAGACGUCUUUUUUUUUGUUUGAGCGUUUUUGACUCCAGCUAGCGGGAUAUUUAAUGGACAGAUUAUCUUUCUAUUGUCCCUCGUUGUGACUGUGUGAGCGGCUGCUGGAGGACUGACAAGCGGCUUUUUUUUGUGUGUGUGGCAUGUGAUACAGACCAGAGACUGAGGCGUGUUCGUGUUUCACGGAUGUUACCGGGAAAAAGCAGAGAGGGAAGAAGGGUCUUUCUCUCAUUUCGUGUUGUCUGUUUCAGCAGGACAUGACGGAGGAGCCGCUGCUGGCGGAUUUUAUGGGGCUCUUGCUAGCUGUUGAAUGGCAAGCACCCACAGAAGAAGAUGGACAAUGAGUCUGCAGCUCAGUAGUUUUGUGUGGAUGCUCUAAUGCGAAUGACCAGUCUUCAAAAAAAAAUAAAUAAGUGAAUGCAUUUUUAUGUGAGUGAAGUGAGGGCUAACGUUGGUCAAACACAUUGAAAAGCGCUGGGAGGAUCAAUUCAGGCGCGGCCAGGCAAGCCAACAAUGCGGAUUACCUCUUGACUGUUUGCCUUUGUGUCAAUACAGACUGUUUGUAUAAAGUUGAGAUAACAUUCACAGGACCAAUAGCCAAUUCUUUUCCAACUAUCAUUUUAUUUUAUUGUCACGAAAAGGAGACAGUGCGCUGACCUGAGGGACAAAUAACCACAUGUGCACAGGUUGUCUGUGAAACUGCACAGGCUGAAAACAGAGCAACAGAGACAACGAUGGCGAACGACUCGAUACAAAGUGACCCAGGUGGGCUGUCGGUUCUGGAGCAGCUCGGUCUAGAUGAGAAAUCAGACUUUUCAGACUCCAGUGUGCAGCAGCUUCUGGACGAGCAGCGUGAGAGGAUCCGCAGAGAGAUACGCAAGGAGCUGAAGAUCAAGGAAGGAGCGGAGAACCUGCGCAGGGCGACUACUGACAAGAGGAAUGCUCAGCAGGUGGACAGUCAGCUGCGGUCUUCGAACCGCAGACUGGACAACCUGCACGCUCAGCUGCAGGAGCUGGAUGCUCACAUUGUGGUUAAGGGAGGAGAGGAGAAUAAAGAUGAGUGUCCUCAGUCUCCUGGGGCAGAGAGCCGAACGUCAGCCCACAAGGAGCGCAUCGCUGCCCUGGAGAGACAGCUCAACAUUGAGCUCAAAGUCAAACAGGGAGUUGAGAACAUGAUUCCCAUCUACGCCAAUGGAUCCACCAAGGAUAAGAAGAUGCUGCAGACGGCCCAGCAAAUGCUGCAGGACAGUAAAACCAAAAUCGACAUUAUCCGCAUGCAAAUCCGCAAGGCUGUGCAGGCCACCGAGCACAAUGACGACACACAGGGUAACCAGGAUCUGUGCGGGGUGGAGCUGCGUAUUGAAGAGCUGAGGCAUCACUACAGGGUGGAACAUGCUGUCGCUGAGGGGGCAAAAAAUGUGCUCAGGCUUCUGGGGGCCAACAAGGUUCAGGACAAGAAAGCCCUGUCUGAGGCGCAGUCUCGUCUCAGCGAGGCGUCUCAGCGGUUGGAUCUGCUGAGGGACUCUCUGGACCAGCGUCUGGCGGAGCUACCAGAGGACCACCCCAAGGCCAACAUCAUCAAAGAGGAACUGGUCCUGGCCUCCUCCCCAGCCUUCAGCUCCCGCCACGGUGCCCCAUACCUCCACAACCAGUACAGCACCCUCAACAAACCUUCACCCCUCACAGGUACCCUACAGGUGCAGCUGUUGGGAUGUGUGGGGUUGUUGGAGGUGGUCCCAGGUCGCAAUAAAGGGACAGCUGUCAUGCUGCCCUGUUACAGCCCUGGAGACACAAGGUCUUUCAUGAGGGGCAGCAAGGGACUCUAUGGACGGAGCGGUUCAGUCAGUGGGAAGACACCCAGCAAGACAGAUGAGCUCUCGUCUGAGGUAAGUGCCGUGCUAAAGCUGGACAACACAGUGGUGGGGCAGACAGCUUGGAGGACUGUGGGAGAACAGGCCUGGGACCAGACCUUUACAGUGGAGCUGGAAAGGUCGAGGGAGAUGGAGAUUGCAGUUUACUGGAAGGAUUUCCGCUCGCUGUGUGCUCUGAAGUACCUGAAGCUGGAGGAGUUCCUGGACAACCAGAAACACAGAGUCCAGCUGGAGCUGGAGCCUCAGGGCCUGCUGCUGGCUGAGGUGACCUUUUUCAACCCGGUCAUUGAGAGAGUUCCUCGCCUCCAGAGACAGAAGAAAGUCUUUUCUAAGCAGCAAGGCAAGGCAUUCCUUCGUGCUCGUCAGAUGAACGUGGACAUAGGCACGUGGGUGAGGCUGCUUCGGAACGCUAUUCCCACUGUCAACAACUCGGGAACCUACAGUCCCAAUGCGCACAGCCUAACACUCAACUCCGGGGAGAUCUCAGUGGAGAAGUUGAGUCUGGACAGCGACUCUCCGAUAAGAGGCGAUUACAGGAGAGACACGGACACACACACUCCGGUGAGACAGACAGAGAGAGAGGAAGCCCAGGAAAUUGGGGAGGACCGACCGCCAGUCAUCGAGCCCUUCUCCCCCCCAGACCUCACCCCCGAGUGCCCUGUCCGAACCCCGUCUGUUAGCAGUAAGCAGAGGAAAGGUCCUCUGUCCCUCCAGGACUUCCGGCUGAUUGCCGUGUUGGGCAGGGGACACUUUGGGAAGGUGUUGUUGUCAGAGUACAAGAAGACAGGCAUGAUGUACGCCAUCAAAGCCCUGAAGAAAGGGGAUAUCAUCUCCCGGGAUGAGGUGGAAAGUCUGAUGUGCGAGAAGCGCAUCUUUGAGAUCGUGAACAUGUCGCACCAUCCCUUCCUGGUCAACCUGUUUGCGUGUUUCCAGACACCAGAGCACGUGUGUUUUGUUAUGGAGUACACAGCAGGAGGCGACCUGAUGAUGCACAUCCACACGGACGUCUUCACAGAGCCACGAGCCGUGUUUUAUGCGGCCUGCGUGGUUCUCGGACUUCAGUUCCUUCACGACCAUAAGAUUGUGUACAGAGACCUCAAGCUUGACAACCUGCUGCUAGACACAGAUGGUUAUGUGAAGAUCGCUGACUUUGGACUGUGUAAAGAAGGAAUGGGUUUUGGGGAUCGAACCAGCACAUUCUGUGGGACUCCAGAGUUUUUGGCCCCAGAGGUCCUAACAGAUACAUCCUACACCAGAGCAGUAGACUGGUGGGGACUGGGGGUCCUCAUCUAUGAAAUGUUGGUGGGAGAGUCUCCAUUCCCAGGGGAUGAUGAGGAGGAGGUGUUUGACAGCAUUGUGAAUGAUGAAGUACGCUACCCACGCUUCCUCUCCACUGAGGCUAUUGGCAUCAUGAGAAGGCUAUUAAGGAGGAACCCGGAGAGAAGACUGGGCUCUGGUGAGAAGGAUGCAGAGGAGGUGAAGAAGCAGCCAUUUUUCAGAAAUGUGGACUGGGAGGCACUGCUGCAGAGGAAGGUGCCCCCUCCCUUCGUCCCCUCCAUCGGGGGCAAAGAAGACGUCAGUAACUUUGACGAGGAGUUCACCACUGAAGCUCCGACCCUGACGCCUCCACGUGAACCCCGCGUCCUCUCCCGCAAAGACCAGGACAGCUUCCGGGACUUUGACUACGUCUCUGACCUCUGCUAGUGAGCGGACCAACAGUCUCUACUGACUGUCCGCUGACUGUUUGUCUGCCAUUAAUUACACUGUGAAUGAAUGUGGAUAGACUGAAGGAAGUCAGUGUGUGUUUGUGUGUCUGCAGGGUUUUAAAGAUCGAGGACUGAGAGACAAUUAGCUGAUGGGGUUAAAUGUUCUUUCAAGAACGAAGGAUGAACGAAGACCCCCUCUCUAGUCGUUGUACAACACACCAGUGACUUGUGUAUCUUGUAAACAUUAUCCUAUGAAAUGCCUCCUCCCAUCCUCUUAUGUGUCAGUGUAGUCACCUGUCAUCUGUGCAGCUGCGAGAGGACGAGCUCUUCAUAUUGUUGACUGUCUGGAGGUUGCUCAGUGGCCUCUUAUACCAAUGCCUUACAUUUGUACUUGUAUCUGUUCCACAGAAAAGCGUUUUGUUUUUAUUUUGUGACCCUUUGUAUACAGCAGCAGGAGCAGUGAUUCACCGCGCUGCGGAAAUACUCUCAACUGAUCUUUUUAGAGGAUUUCCUUGUCGGAGUGGAAUUAGUGACGUUCAGAGUAAAUUUGUACUCUGAGCUUUUUCAUCAGUCGAUUGCUGAUGACCUUCAGUCAGGCCGACUGAGUCUAGGCGAAAUAUGAGUUAACUAUGGGGUAAAGAACCACUGUCUUACUUAGUUGCAAUAGACCUUUUUAUUGGGACGUCUACCAACCACUUUUUAAAAAUUUAUGCUGCUUGGAUUUUAAUUUCUGUGACAAAAUCCAACAACAAUUUGCAAAUGAGUCAUAUUUGAUGACUGUCAAUGUAUUGUUCAGUACCCUACACAUGCUUUUUUUAUUAUUUUUUGGGGGGGUAUUACACAUUUUGGGAUAACACACAUUCAUAUCAUAAUUUGAUAUAAAUAUGUUGCAAACACAGAUGACCAUGAGAAAAAAAUCUGAACACUAAGACUUGAUAAACAAGUAAGAGACUUUCCAUUAUGGGUUUGAGACAUAUUCAUCCAGUUGUCUAGAUGCUCCCAGAGGUUUGUGAACAUGAAGUCAUUUUCCUCCCCAAGACAGUUGCAUCAGACUUUAAACUUAUCAAACACUGGCUGUAGCAGUUGUUUUUGUGUCUGUUUGAAGAACUUAAGCCACCCACAGGUUAAAACCUACCCACUGUGGUCACUGCAGGGUUUGGUUUCCAUCACAGCGCUAAAAUCAUCUUUGUUUUAACCGAAACUGAUUGAUAUCUCAGUACUUUUUGAAGAUCUGGGUGGCGCCACAAGCAAAACAAACCUCACUAGCCACUUUUCCACGGUAGAAAGAAUUGGAGAGCUGGCUGCAGUGAGAGCAGCUUUAGAUCCAAGCAAACAAGUUCUCUUGGCAAUACAUUUCUAAAUGAACACUAUCAUUAGAGGGAAACACACUCAUUAAUGUUGGAAAAAUAUGAGCCAGUGGUAUAAACAUCUAUAGCACAUAAACAUUUCUGAGUACAGGAGAGGUUUGUUGUGAAGCUGGAUGUCUGAUGGUGUAGAUUUUACGUAUCUUGUGUAUGACAAUACAAAACCAUGUGAGAGAAUGAGAUGACUUAUUUUAUAAAAAAGAAAAAAAAAAAAACCUGGAGUGAAUAUUAUGUCUGUUCAUUGUUGUUAUGGGCAUGGGAGUGUUCAUUCAAGUACAGAUACCAGAAA